GCGCGUCGCAGACGGAAAUCAGGAAGUUCACGCGCUGGUCCUCCAUGAGGAUGCAAACCGUGUUCUGAUUCAAAGAGAGAGAUAUACUGAACAGACGGCUUCCUGACUGUAUCUGCUCUGUUUUCUUUGCUGGCGAGCCACGGUAUUCUGAUGGCUUCUCAAGCUGAUCCGCCGUCAGCGUCGACGGCCACGCAGCGAGACUUUCAUCAUCCGUAUACUCCAUACAAGAUCCAGUUGGAUUUUAUGAACGCAUUGUAUGAUACCAUCGAAGAAGGAAAAAUUGGUAUAUUUGAGAGUCCUACUGGAACUGGUAAAUCAUUAUCUCUGAUUUGUGGGGCAAUGACUUGGCUUCGAGAUCAUCAAUCUCUGAGCCUGCAAGAGGAGUCUUCGGCCGGCGACGACACCGAGCCCGCAUGGGUGCGAGAGUAUCAUGCAAAUCUUCUCCGGGAGAAACGCUUAAAAAAAUACCGCGAUCUACAGGCACGAAUCGACAAAGUCAGGGCAUUGGAACUCAAAGACAAGCAGGCGGUGCGUGCCCGCGGUCGGAUGUUUGGGAGUGAUGUUCCUGAAGGCGUGCCAAAGAGAGCAAAGACCGGUAGCCAGAAUGAAAGAGCGGAAGAUAGAUAUCUUGUUGAUGACUAUCACAGCGACGACGAAGAUGUUCCGGCAAAGAGCUCAGGCGGAGGUGCUUCAGAUAGUAAUCUGUCAAAGGAAGUUCAGGCACUUCUGAAAAGGUUGGGCGGGAAUACAGGCGACAACGAGGACGAAGAAGACGAAGAAUUUGAUGACAACGACGUCAAAAUAUUCUACGCCUCAAGAACACAUUCUCAACUAUCACAAUUUGUCCAACAACUACGACUACCGAAUUUCCCCCCGUCGGAGUUAUGGAGCAGCGCCGGCUCCCUACGACAUGUUCCAUUGUCAUCGCGCAAACAGCUCUGUAUCCAUCCCAGGAUAUCCCGGCUCCGCGACCUGAACGCCAUAAAUGACAGAUGCACGGAGCUGCAGCAGAAUUCUGGCGAUAAUCGGUGCUCGUUCAUGAUGAACGAGCAUGAGUUGGCCGAUCGUGUCAAGAGUCGCGAUUUCAGAGAUAAAGUUAUCGCCGAAGUGCGCGAUAUCGAGGAUAUGGCUGACAUAGGCCGAUCUAUGAGUGUUUGUCCAUACUAUGCGAGCCGAGGUGCUGUACAGGUCAGCGAGAUUGUAACACUUCCAUAUCCUUUAUUGUUGCAAAGCAGCUAUCGAAAAGCACUCUCUAUAUCGUUAAAGAACCAGAUAGUUAUCAUCGACGAAGCUCACAAUCUAUUGGACGCCAUCACCUCUCUCUUUUCAAUGUCUAUUUCGCUGACAGACAUCAAAAAAUCAAAGAGUGGUGUCCAAGUCUAUCUCAAUAAGUUCUCAAAGAAACUGAACGGCGGCAAUAAAGUCUACAUCACGCAGAUUAUCAAGCUUCUAGAAGUUCUCGAGCAGUUUCUGUCUGAAUUUAAGGGAGUGAAUGGUACAGAAGUUGUGCAGAACGAUGUACUCCAGAGCGGAUCGGUUGAUACGAUCAAUGUCUUCAAGAUUGAGAAGUACAUGGAAAAAAGCAAGCUUUCCCGCAAAGUGGAGAGUUAUAUAGUCCAUCUGGCGGAGCAGGCAGAGAUGGCGGCAAUGCCAGAUGGCAAGGAAAACAAGCGGGCCGGGCACAAAAAAUUCAGGCAGCCUCCCGCGGCUGUUCCUUUGCUAUCCAAGAUUAUGUCAUUUCUCAUGGCUCUCACGAAUCCAACCACCGAGGGCAGAGUGUUUUUCGAACUGGCUAAUGGGGAGAAGCAUCUGAAGUACCUGCUGCUUGAUCCUAGUUUUCAUUUCAAGUCGAUUGUUGAGGAAGCUCGAUGUGUUAUUCUUGCGGGCGGAACUAUGGAGCCUGUCAGCGAUUAUCUGAGGUACCUGUUUCCCUAUGUUCCCAGAGACCGGUUCAAACUUGUCUCCUGCGACCAUGUCAUUCCGAAGCAGAACCUCGGCGCGUGGACUAUUGCCACUGGUCCUACCGGAGCUGAGAUGGUGUUCACCUUUGAGCGCCAGCGGCUAGAGGCUACAGCUAUAGAGCUUGGACGGACAAUCUCAAACCUGACCUGCGUAAUCCCCGAUGGCAUGGUUCUUUUUUUCCCGAGUUAUAAGUACAUGGCUGAAGUCUGUGCGAUCUGGAAGAGGACAGUCGGUGGACACCCUAGUCAGUGGGAGCAGAUAAGUAAGCGCAAGACGAUUUUUGAGGAACCCCGUGAAGCCAGCGAGGUAGAUCAUGUUCUCUCUGAGUAUGCCAGUGUUAUCGAACAGGAUCCUGCAGAUACCGGAAAGCGCACCCGCGGAGCAAUUUUGCUGGCAGUCGUUGGUGGGAAGAUGUCUGAGGGAAUCAACUUCUCAGACAAACUAGCUCGUGGGAUCGUGAUGGUCGGGCUUCCGUUCCCGAAUGCUCGGUCUGCAGACAUGGUCGCAAAGAGACGCUAUGUGGAAGAGCACACUAUUGCCGAGGUGAAGGCACGUGGAAUGGAAUCUCUACGGGAGCGCUAUCCUGAGGAGAGCUUGAUUCCAGAUUCAGAGUUGACUCAGUUGAACCAACUCUGCCGAAAGGAGGCAGAAACCGCGUCUCGCGAGUAUUACGAAAACGUAUGUAUGCGGGCGGUAAAUCAGAGCAUAGGCCGAGGCAUCCGCCACGCGAACGACUAUGCUGUUAUCAUCUUUGUCGAUGCCCGGUUUGCAAGCGAGCGGAUCACCAGGAAGCUGCCGAAAUGGAUCAAUGAACGAAUGCCGUCCGAUGCAAAGAGCGUGGGUUUGAGUGUGGGGAAUGUAAUGCGAUACGUUAGCGAGUUCUUUAGGGAUAAGAAGGAGGUCAAAAGCAGUGUAUGAUGACUAGCAUUUGCAGGAGUUUUAUUUCGUUUUGAAUACAUUGCUAUAUUUGCUCAUUGCUCUCUCUUUAAAACGUAAGAAUGGGAACAAUAGAA